ACAUCAUCCCGACGACACAGAGAGCUGAUCAUCAGACAUUCCCCUGCAACUUAACUGUGCUGCCGGAUUCCUAGUUAGCAUCCUGCACGGCUGCACUUCCCAGCUUGAUUUUCAGAGCUGCUGAUUAAUGGCGACCAUGAUGGCCAUCACCUCGUUCGCCGGUGCCGCCGUCGGGCUUCAGGGAGCAGGUGGCCGCUUCGCUGCCGGCUCUCCGCCUAUGGCGCUGCGCCGACGCACCGUCGCUGUCAGGGCCCAGGCCGACGAGCCGAGCACGCCACCACCCAACAAGCCCAAGGCGAGCACCUCGAUCUGGGACGCGCUGGCGUUCAGCGGCCCUGCGCCGGAGCGCAUCAACGGGCGACUUGCUAUGGUGGGUUUCGUGACGGCGCUGGCCGUCGAGGCGGGGCGCGGCGACGGGCUCCUGUCGCAGCUGGGCAGCGGCACCGGCCAGGCGUGGUUCGCGUACACUGUGGCGGUGCUGUCCGUGGCGUCGCUGGUGCCGCUGCUCCAGGGCGAGAGCGCCGAGGGCAGGGCCGGGGCCAUCAUGAAUGCCAAUGCCGAGCUUUGGAAUGGCCGUUUUGCCAUGCUCGGCCUCGUUGCGCUCGCCGCCACCGAGAUCGUCACGGGCGCGCCCUUCAUUAACGUGUAAACCUAUUUUGUUGUCGACCGGAUAACACAACUUGUAUCUAGCUAGGACAUGUAACAGUCGCUACUACUGAUCCUCAUAUACACUAAUCAAAAACAGUUCGUACUA